UAUAAUUCCCCAAGUCGGAACCGAAUCGCUUACAUCGCCCGCUGUUUCGUUCCUCAGUCAAAUUUGUGUGUUGUGUGCGCCAAUUUCAGCGGGGGUCAAAAUCAAUAAUCUGGUUGUGUGAUUUUCGCGGCUUUUUUUUUGUGUUUUCUUUUAAAAACAAUCAAUACCCGAAGAAUGGGCACAGAAACCAAGAGCAACAGUUACACAGGACAGAUUUCAACAAGUGGCGGCAACCCCAAAGUGAUGAAAGAUUCUUUAUCCUUAGUUCGUCAGACGGUCAAUCAGCAAUCGCAAUCGAACCACGUCCAAAACCAAUUGAAAUCAAAUAUAAAUUCCAAUUCGUACCCAAACGAUAGCGAAAACGAGCACGAACAAAAAACGCGUGAUAUUCGAGAUAAACAGGAGGAUAAAUCAGGAAAAGAGGCGAUUGUUCCUUUUGUCCCCGUAUUUGUUGAGGAGGCCGACGUGAUACAAGGGGCCAAAGAACUGUUGAAGGUUAUUCGACCGACCUGGGACCUAAGCCACGUCGAGUUUAAGAGUUUUACCGAUGGCAUCACAAACAAACUGGUCGGAUGUUUCCAUAAAGAAAUUACCAAAUUGAGAGAUGAAAACGGCGGAUCAUAUUUACCUAUCAAGACCCAGGGUCUGUCGCCAGUUCAGUCUGAGGAUCCAGUUAUCAUCGAGAAGGACGAUGAGUACACCACAGACGAUCUGGCAGCUGUCGUCGGGGGGGCACCUGUACAGUACUCCGAUAACGUAGUGCUGGUCAGGAUAUACGGAAAUAAAACGGACCUACUGAUAGAUCGCAAGGCGGAGACGCAAAACUUUCUUCUACUGCAUACGUACGGCCUAGCGCCAUCGCUGUAUGCCACGUUCAAGAACGGUCUCGUCUACGAAUACGUACCUGGAACCACCCUGAAUACGGACAGUGUGCUCUGUCCAGAGAUUUGGCCCUUGGUUGCCCGUCGAAUGGCUGAAAUGCAUCGGAAGGUGAGGAAGCACGGGGAAAGUUCGGCGGCCAAACCAAUGCCGAUGAUUUGGAAGAAGACCCAGAGCUUUCUCGAUUUAGUACCUGAACGUUUUAGUGAUGCUGAAAAACACAAAAGAGUGAAAGAAACGUUUCUACCUAUCGGCCGCCUGCGCGAGGAAUUCAACAAGCUAUAUGAAUACCUUGAGGCAUUGGACAGUCCUAUUGUCUUCUCCCACAAUGACCUUCUCUUGGGGAAUGUCAUUUACACGCAGAACCUAAAUACCGUGAACUUUAUUGACUACGAAUAUGCCGACUACAAUUUCCAGGCCUUUGACAUUGGCAACCACUUUGCGGAGAUGUGCGGAGUGGAUGAAGUUGACUACUCCCGCUACCCAAAGCGCGAGUUUCAACUUAAAUGGCUGAGGGUCUACCUUGAGGAGUACCUACAGCGCAGCCACAUCCAGAACGAGGAAGUCGAGCUUCUCUACGUCCAGGUCAAUCAGUUUGCGCUGGCAUCGCAUAUCUUUUGGACGGUGUGGUCCUUGUUGCAAGCUGAGCAUUCCACUAUCGAUUUCGACUAUGUUAGCUAUGCAUUUCUUCGUUACAAUGAAUAUUUGGCCCGGAAGGACGAGUUUUUGUCAUUGACUGCAGCAAAGAACAAUAAGUGAUUUCUCUCUCCCGGCCGGCCACUCACCGCAUUGGGUGUAACUAAAUUAUGUGCCCAGUGAUAUAUGUAUAAACUAAGGCUGGAACGGGUCUCAAUGUUAUACAUAUGUAUAUAUAUAACGUGUGUUCAGAAAUCAGAAACAAAACAGAAAAUAAAUUUAAAUUAGUGUCGUGUUCGUGCCAGCCUUAGUGUAUGUACAGUGCUCACUCGAAACAGUGAACUAUUCAAAACCAAGGGUGUGCACUGAAUCGAAUUUGUUCACAAUAACGAAUCACAAUAAAACAAUAAUAAACUUAUUUUUAAACAAAACGUUUUGAAAAACACCAAAUUCUUAUUUUUUAUUUAAACAUUUUAUAAAAAUUCUUGAAUAAAUUGUUCACUCUUACUAAAAUUCACAUAAUCGAGUGUUUACUCUUAAGAGAGAGCACUGUAUAUAUAAAGAAUUUGUAUAUGUUCUUUAAUUUGUAUAAAUUGAUAUUUUGUAGUCAUAAUAAAGCGAAGGUAUGUACUUUAAAAUAUAAA